CAAAGAAAAGAAUAAAUACGUAAUUCUUAAUUUUUCUCUAUGGUUCUCCUGUCAUGUGUCAAAAUAAAAAUAAAAUUGUUUGUGGUUUUGUCUUGUGCUUGUUCAGUGCUCGUAUUUUAUUUACUUACACUUUGAAUAAAUAAAAGGAUAGUUUUGUAAUACUGUUUUGUCCAACAGGACUGUAUAAAUUUAGAGAAAUGUUUAAUGUUUAUUCUAAUUUUGCCUCGUAUACAGUUUAUUAAUCUGAUAAUAAAAAGCCUUGCGAAACAGAUCAGACAGUUUUCCAAAUGUAUUGUUUUGAAAGAUAAUGGAUCCCAGAAUGUGUAGGAAAAUCAGUAGUAGUGAAAGUCUUCCAGAUGCUGAAAAUGUGGAAUAUGAAAUAUCAAAUAUUGCGCCGCAGGACAGUGAGGAUAAUUUCCUGAUCGAAGGUAGUCCAGAGCCAAAUUCUGUUACUUGGCUCGACGAUGACCAGAUCGACGAGUUAGAUCUUAAUUUAGAUCAGACUAACCUAUUUUUUCAUAGAGUUGAUAGUGCAGAUAUAAUAUAUAGAAGUAAAAAGAAAAAAUGUAAAAUGGUGGGGAAGUAUGUGAUGGGAGAUGUUUUGGGCGAAGGUUCAUAUGGCAAAGUGAAGGAGAUGUUAGAUUCUGAAUCACUGUGUAGGCGAGCUGUUAAGAUAUUGAAGAAAAGAAAACUGAGACGAAUACCAAAUGGAGAACAAAAUGUACAGAGAGAAAUUCAGUUACUCCGUAUACUUAGACAUAAAAAUGUGAUAGAACUAGUCGAUGUUAUGUAUAAUGAUGAAAAACAAAAAAUGUAUCUUGUUAUGGAGUUCUGUGUAGGGGUGUUGCAGGACAUGCUUGAAUCAAGUCCAGGCAAGAAGUUUCCACAGAGACAGGCCCAUGAUUACUUCACACAGCUGCUGGAUGGCUUGGAGUACCUGCAUGGGCAAGGGGUAAUUCAUAAAGAUAUCAAACCUGGAAACUUACUUCUAACAUUGGAUCAGACUCUGAAAAUAACAGACUUCGGUGUUGCUGAGGCUUUAGAUAUGUUUUCUCCUGAAGACACUUGUUACACUGGUCAAGGAUCACCGGCUUUUCAACCACCAGAAAUUGCCAAUGGAGCAGAGCAGUUUUCUGGAACCAAAGUGGAUAUUUGGAGCAGUGGAGUAACAUUAUACAACAUGACCACUGGUCGGUAUCCGUUUGAAGGCGACAAUGUGUAUCGAUUGCUGGAGGCGAUUGGUCGUGGUGAGCCAGCGCCUCCGCCUACAUCACUGGGGCCUUCACUUGGUGCAUUGCUUUCUCAUAUGCUUAAACGAGAUCCCAACCUACGCCCCACCGUUCAAGAGAUCAAAAGACAUGCGUAAGUAAUAUAUUUGUUUUGUAUCAACAAAUGUUAACAAUUAUU